AUUCACGGUAUUAUGUUGCGCUUAUUGUGGUAAUUCGCUGAUACGUACGUGCAUGGAUAUGUAUUUAUAAACUUACUUUUACAUUUUAAGCGUUUUCUUUAAGAAUUCUUGAGUACGUGGUUAUUGAAGAUCAGAAAGAUGUCGAAUUUUUUAAUUCGCAAGUCUCUGGAUUGUCUGGGAAUUUAUAAAAACUUGACACAAUUACGAGCCCUACCUGUUAGAAGAUUGAAUUUAUUAGAAUAUCAAAGUAAAGAGUUAUUACGGGAUUCCGGCGUAUCGGUACAAAAUUUCGCAAUUAUUAAGGACACAAAGGAAACUGCCACGGCCUUGGAGACAUUACAUGCCAAGGAGUAUGUGGUAAAGGCUCAAGUGAUGGCUGGAGGAAGAGGAAAGGGCUGGUUUGACAAUGGCUUUAAGGGUGGAGUUCAGAUCACCAAAGACCCAAAAGUGGUUGCGGAGUACGUGAAGAAUAUGUUGGGUCAUCGCUUGGUAACUAAGCAAACUUCCAAGGAUGGUAUUUUAGUUCAGAAAAUUAUGAUUGCAGAGUCGGUGGAUAUUGCUAAAGAGACGUACGUCUGUAUACUCAUGGACAGAACUUACAACGGACCUGUUUUGAUAGCAUCUCCAGCCGGUGGAAUGGACAUCGAGACGGUAGCUGAAAAAACUCCAGAUAAAAUUAAAACCAUACCGUUAGAUAUAUAUUAUGGUAUUGACCAUGAGAUUGCGAAGGAAGUCGCUGACUUUUUGGGUUUCACGAAAAAGGAAACGAAUGAAAAGGCGGUCUACGAAUUGAAAAAUUUGUGGAAGUUGUUUGUAGACAUUGACGCGCUGCAAGUUGAGAUUAAUCCUUUGGUCGAAACAACGAACGAAGAGGUGAUCGCCGUCGAUGCUAAAAUAUCAUUUGACGAUAAUGCAGAAUUUAGGCAAAAAGAUAUAUUUGCUUUAGAAGAUCUUAACGAGCAAGAUCCCCGGGAGGUAGAUGCUUCGAAAUUUAAUUUAAAUUACAUUGGAAUGGAUGGAAAUAUUGGAUGCUUGGUGAAUGGAGCUGGACUUGCCAUGGCAACGAUGGACAUAAUAAAAUUAAAUGGAGGCACACCGGCAAACUUUUUAGACGUUGGGGGCAGUGUGAAAGAAGAUCAAGUCUUUCAAGCAUUCAGAAUCCUCACCGAAGAUCCAAAAGUGAAAUCGAUACUCGUUAAUGUUUUCGGUGGCAUCGUUAAUUGCACGACCAUCGCUAAAGGAAUCAUUGCGGCUGUUCACAAACUCGGCCUAAGAAUUCCGCUCGUUGUGCGGCUAGAAGGCACAAACGUAAACGAGGCUAAGAAACUUCUAGCUGAAUCUGAUUUACCAAUUUUGACUGCCAACGAUCUCGACGAAGCGGCCAAAAAAGCAGUCGGCUCUAUAAAAAAAUUUCAAAAUGAAGAGCUAAAUGAAAGGCACAAUGACGUGAAGCUAAAAGUGUCGCAAUAAUUUUCACUAUAUCGAUAUCCUUUACUGCCUAUUUAUCGGAAGACUGGCAUAUCAUUCCUGUGAUCAUAUCCAUUGAUCAUUCGACAAGACAAUACGAUAACGUUACCAGUGGUAUCAUGCUCAUCUUCCCCUCAUUUGUCAUCAAAUUAAUAAUAAUAAUUAAUAAUUAAUAAUUAAUAAUU